GUUUCCGACUCGAGCCGGAUCGUGGUGCCGGACUCGACGGGCUACAUUGUCCUUUCCUACCUGAUGAAUCGACGCUGGUUGGAUCCGUGAAGGUCUUAGGCGGCCUGGUCCUGUGCUUGGCAGCAGCACUUUGCACGUGGCUACACCUCUCGAGAUCCACAGAGACGCCACCUCCGCCCCACUUCGUGGUCCUGACGAGCAAGUAUCAACCGCAGUACGCGCUCUUCGAGACGGAACGCCUCCUCAGGAAGACACUCAUCGCACUGAUCGGGGCGGUGCUGCCCAUAGCAGCUUCACCUGCUCUCCAGAUGGGAUGUUUAGGAGUUGUGGUCGUCAGUUCCCUGAUCCUCUACGUCUUCUGCCAGCCGUACCACACCCAGAGUUGGAACAGGAGUGAGAUCAGCCUCCUCUGCGUCGCAAACUACAUGAUUCUGAUUGUGUCGGCUUU